GGUUUGACGGCGGCCGGCGCGGCGGCGGAGGCGGCCCCGGGCUCGCGCGGCUGGGAUGGCGCAGAAGCGCGCCGGGCGCUGGAGGACACGCCACUGAAGGAGUCGCGCCGCGUUCGCCUGCCUUCGUCGCUCGCGCCCGCCGACUGCCACCUCAGCCAGCCGGGAUCAGGAGGAGCCGUCCGCGCCCGGUGCGCUCGCUCAGUCCCCGCCAACUCCCCGCCGCCCGCGCCUGUCUCGGCCCCGAGCAGCAGGGUACCAUGGUCUGCAAGACUCUCUUCGCUCUCUGCAUCUUCACGGCAGGACUGAGGGUACAGAGCGUGCCUACAUCAACCCUCUUGCCUGUUUCCCUUCCGGCAACGAUUACCCCGCUGACCACCAGCUGGACAAGCUCUCUACAGGGCAAUCCUGCCUCCACUACCAGUGACACACUCAGCAAGCCGACACCCCUGGUCACAGCUUCAGCCCAGCUGUCCCCACUACCCAGGAACGACUCCGUAGAGCCCCGAGACCAGGAGACCACCAGCCCAACCUUGCACUGGAAAGGCGCAAACACAGAUCCCUCACCAACAAGCAGUGAGGUCCCCUUAACACCCACGCCCGCUGAACACAGCUCAGGCACUCAGGAGGCCAGCGUGCCGGCCACAGGGUCACAACCCCACACAGCUACAGAGUCACAGCUCACUGCAACUACAGGGUCACAGUCCCCUGUGACUACAGGGUCACAGUCCCCUGGAACUGCAGGGUCACAGUCCCCUGUGGCUACAGGAUCACAGCCCCCUGUGGCUACAGGAUCACAGCCCCCUGCAACUACAGGGUCACAGUUCCCCACAGCUUCAGGGUCACAGUCCUCCACGGAGCCUCCCACGCUCACCUCCCCUCAGCCUCCAGCCCCAUCACCCCCACCCUUAUCAACCGCACUCCCAGAAGUUUUUUCUGCCUCAGUCAGCACCAACCACAGCUCCACUGAGACCAGUACCAGGCCCACAAGAGUUCCAACCACACCAGAGCUCCCAACAGAGACGCCCCACUCUGGCCACACACUCAUUUCACAUGCCACGACCAAGCCCGGGCCCUCAGAGACAACAUCCCAAGCAACUGGGCCAGCCAAAGUGACGUGUAUGCUGAUAGACCCCGAGACCACCACCUCGCCAGGGAUGAUCAUGCAGGGGGUGGAGCACGCGCUAAGCUCAGGCAGCAUCGCCGCCAUUACGGUGACAGUCAUUGCUGUUGUGCUGUUGGUGUUCGGAGCUGCAGCGUAUCUGAAGAUCAGGCAUUCGUCCUAUGGAAGGCUUUUGGAUGACCACGACUACGGGUCCUGGGGAAACUACAACAAUCCUCUGUAUGAUGACUCCUAACAAAGGAACGUGGCCUGGGAUAAGGAAUAACUGUUCCUUAUUUAUAAGUGCUUAUACACUAGAAUUAAUAACAAGAACCUGAUGCGCAUCAAGGGACAAUCUUAAGCCCUGUUUUGUUGGUAUGGUUGUUUUGUUUUCCUCCCUCUCUGCUGGCUGCUACAACUUCCCCUUUCUGGUCCAAAGAAGAACCAUUAUUUAAAGGUGAGUAAGGCUGAUUUGCAGCUGAAAGGGGCCAACUGGAGCCGGCCAGGCCCAACCACCAAGGGGGAGGCCCUGUACCCACCACAGGACCCACACCAAGGACGGAGAAGAGGGAUACGGUUGUUUAAUCGGGGGCUACUUUCAGGGCAACUUUUUGUUCGUGAUAUUUCUUAAACUUUUUUUUAGGAAAUUACAUAAAAUCUCAAUGAGGGGAAAGGAAAUGAGCCAUGGAAAGAUUUCAUCCUGAAGGCAUGGAAGCAGGGGUUUCUCAGAUUCCUUUUUAAAAUCUCUGUUUAUCUGGUUGUGUCUGACAGGAUACCUGUGGCUCUACAAGCUGGAUCCCAGCUUCUCAGCUGCCUAAUUAAUGAAAGAGGAAACCAGACAGUGCCUGGAGGAGGCUAGCAGGCCAAGGGGCCAAGUAGCAUGUUGCUGUCAGAUCGCAGCUUGCCUCUACCCAUCUCUGCUAAGGAUGCCCUUUCUAGUCAGCUGCAGCAGGGAUCCCAGCCACAAGGUUUCAGUGGAGCUGUGGUCCCAUGGGAGAAGGCUAGGAGAUGAGUUUAGUUAUGGAAGAGCAAGAGAGAGGCGUGUGGAGUGAGUGUACAGUGGGCGUGGUGGGGAGGGGCUGAUAUACACUGAGCACCUCAUUAGGGAACGUGGGAGUCAGCCCUCAGUAACUGUCAGAGACAUCCACUGCUUGGAGGAGCCCAUAGAAUCCUUCCUUCAUAACCACAGAGCAGCUAGUUCACUGCCUUGCUAUCUGUUGGCUAAUGGCUGUAACCUGUUUAAAAAAAAAUUGGACUUGUCUGUCUGCAAUUGCUCAUUGAGGCAUCUGCACAGGAAACAGACACCAUGAUUAAUCUAUUAUUCUUCCCAUACACUUACUGUACUAAUUCUGCCCUUUAAGAAAUGAACCCUCCUGAUAUAGUCUUAAAACUCAUCAUCACAAAUUUUGAGAGAGAACUGAUCACCUUUGCAGGCAUCCAUUUAUUGCAGUGGUUCUCAGCCAGUGGGCAAUUUUGCUUCCCCCAGGAAACAUUUGGAAGUCUGGUGGUAUUUUUGAUUGUCACCACUGGGAGGUGUUAUUGGCAGGUAGAGACCAUGGGUGCAGUGAACAUCCCACAAGGCACAGGAGAGCCCACAGCAAGGAAUCAUCUGGCCCAAAAUACCAGGAGUGCUGGGUUUGAGAAACCCUGAUUGAUUGCGAUGCCCAUUGUGACAAAACAAGACCUCCCAGAUUAGAAAUAUUUUUAAUUUUUAAAGGAAAUGAUGUAACAUUUGGUCUAAAAAGUAUUCAGUUUGUCAGUCAAUGGGUUGUUUGGGGCAAUGUGUGAUUGCCUUUUCAUUUCUCUGUGCUUUCCAGGUAGGUUGGUUCGUGGCUAAAACUCUGUCCUCCUGUAACAUUAACCAGGGUCUUUUGUUCUGACUUUAUGGGGUAGAAAACAUACAUUGGGUCCUGUUUCAAAACGCAUUAUAUAGUCAUGCAAUGUCAUAAAGAACUUGAAACUGUAUCGAUUUUUAUUUAUUAAAUGUGGACCCGCUGCCAUGAGUCUGUUUAGUUUCCAGAAAUUUGACUGUUGGCUUACUCUGUCACUCACUGCAGCCCAGCGAGGCACUGACAUGAAAACCACGGUGGCCACGCUGCUUUAAUCCUCUCUGGUGUCAGAGACACUAGAAUCCGUGCCACUUUCCACAACCUGCUAUCGCACACUCUGAAAAGAAAUUAUUCCUAGGCUCCUUAGGCACCAAAGGAGAAUGAGAAACCCCCAGUGGUAUUUUACAACAGGAGUGUAAUGAGAAAAGUAGGCUUCCAGGAAUUCUGAUUAUUAAAAACAAAAACAGAGUGAACAUUCUCAGAAAAAUGUCCAGGAGUGACCAAGGGUGCCCCCUCUGGCCAUGCUUGGACCUGUUCUCUACCCUGACCCCCUUUCUAAAGUCUCAGUACGGCGAAGGACAAUUCAAUAAGAACAGGACAGUCCACAUAUUUUUUCCCUCCCCCAACUACAAACAUUUGACAAAAUGUCCAUGAAACACCUUUGGAGAGGUGCUCUUCUGGAUGUUGCUUCCGUCAUAAAUAGAGGGUCAGACGGACCAGCUUCUUCCCAGGAACUCCUGACCAGUUCUAAAACCUGGCAAGCAUCUUUCCUCACCAAAGACUGCAGUUGUCCAGGAGCAUUUGAUGGGUUUGUUGCUCUUCUUCACUUCCAAAUCCUUACAGCAGAGAGAGGGACCUGGACCUAAGGUGGAGGUGACAGCUGCCCGUAAAAUCUCUAAUAUUUCUUGUUAUGUUAGUAUGAAAGACCUAAGGGCUGAACCUUAUUUUGCCAAGUGCAUUUUUCUGUUUUUGAGUUGGCCAAAAUAUUUUAACAACUAUUCAACAAAUGUUGCUUAAAAUACACACACCCCUGAAAUAUAUGCUUACUACUGACAUCCUUUACCUCAGGGAGAGAGUCUGUUCACAUCUACCCAAAGGAAAAGGCUCCAGUGUAUAAAAGACAAGCAUAUGCCAUCAGGGAUAGGCCUAGUCAUGACAUGCUAGAGGGGAUGUCAGAGCAGGAGGGAGGCAAGCGGCCUCUUCUAGAUCACAGACUGCAAAUGAUGAAAGAGUGAGAUUCAACCUUGUUUUCUUCUCCUGUGGCCCUGAGAACAUCUCCUGCCAUCCCUGGACAUUUGUGUCUUCAUUUCUUACAUGGGGAUGAUGCUUUCAUCAGCUCUCACCCCACACUACCUCACAAAUGUGUUGUGAGGACUAAUAAAAAUAAUGUCUACAGUGUUUUCAAUUUCUGGAGAGAAAUAUUUAUCAAUGUUUUAAGUAUUACAUAGAUACAUACGUGAUCUUAAUUUCUUGUUUGUUGUUACAGUGCUGUGUUGUUUUUACUAAACUCUAUAAAACAAUAGCUGUAUUGCAGCCACAUCAGACAGCUGUUACAGCUCCAGGCUACCCCCCGUGAGGCUGACGGCUGACUGCAGGUUAACCUGCCUGGGACCAUGGGGGAUGGUUUCCAUCUCCAAAUGAAAAGAUGACCCAGGACACAGGUCUCACAGACUACUGAGUUAGGGUCCAGGAGGUUAAAGUAACACAGUGUGGUUACUGCCAGCAGUUGACCUUUGGCCUUGACCAUCCUGAAGUGUGAGUUUUUUGUGGAGUUGACUUUGGUUUGAUGUCAUCUUUUUGCCCUUCAUCUUGUUUUCAAGGAUGUGUGGUUCAGUCCCUUGCAUCCUGGAAAUGAAUUUUGCAACUGGGCCACAUUGAUUUGCACAUUGAUUCACCUUCUUUGCCUUUAACUUCUUUUUGGCAAAUGAAUGUACCAUUGCAACUUUGAUUUUAAAGUGCUAGUUGAUAUUGGUAGUAGUGCUAACCAAGAGAACAGUGCCAGGCCGUCUCCUUGCAGUGAGUUAGCUGACAUCGUUUAAAGAUGGAAAGAUGUGCAACUUCUCUGAUAUUUGAUGUCACUGUAUCUACAUUUGUUGUAAGACAUAUUGUAUACUAAUUAUAGUUAUAUCGAUUAAAAUGUUGAAAGCUUGCAUCUGA